AGCAUCAGCAGCAGCACCACCAGCAGCAGCAGCAGCAGCAUCAGCAGCAGCUCCACCAGCAGCAGCAGCAGCAGCAGCAUCAGCAGCAGCUCCACCAGCAGCAGCAGCAGCAUCAGCGGCAGCUCCACCAGCAGCAGCAGCAGCAGCAGCAGCAUCAGCGGCAGCUCCACCAGCAGCAGCAGCAGCAGCAUCAGCAGCUCCACCAGCAGCAGCAGCAGCAGCAGCAGGGACUGGAAGGACGUUACUAAAACAGACCAGGUCUCAGAUGCCUCCCCAGCUGUGUCCGGUGAGGCUAGUUCCUGGAUGUGGACGGAGGAGGACAGACUCCCACGGGACAGCCCAGACACCACCCUCCGACUAGGAGACGCCUCAGCCUUGACGUCCCACGCAGCCGUCCACACCGACAGCACCGACUCUGCCACCACCAUCAGCCGCGCUGGGGAGAGGACCCUGCUGUCUGUCACCUCCUCUUCCAGCAACAGCACCUCCUCUGCCUCUACGGAGGACUCCAACUCCCAUCAGCCCCCCUCCACCUGGGGUAUUCCUGCUAGCGCUACAGAGACUGAGGACUACACCCACAGCGCCCCGUCCACCCGGACUGACAGUAGGCACACAACAGACCAACACAUGACCCCCUCCUUUAAGGGGCUAUAUCCAGAGACGGGGAGCACAGGGGGGUCCAGAGGAACCCAAAGUUUAACCGGACAACCUAAUGCCACCCAUCAUCAAUACACCUCAACAUCAGAGGAGACCUCCGACUCCACACCACCUCUCAGAGUGACCGAGCCCAGCACUGACCAAUCUGAGGUGUCCGUUUCCUCCAUACCUACCGUCACCUCACCUGCUCAAGGCCCCACUAACAUCUCAGGGACAGAGCCGGGGUCGGGCUCUAGUGUUAGAACCUCCACCGAGUCCUCCACUGGAGCUCACAGAUCCAGCACUCAGAACCAGGAGGGUACUGAGGGGGUUUCAUCCCAGACCAGGGAGGACAGCGGGGGCUUGGGUCUGACCACAGCGACGCCUACAGUCAUCAGUAGUACAUCCGAAGUGUCUCUAACAGACACUCCAGUGCCCGUUACCGACUUCCUCACCACCAAGCCUGUCACUGUAACCGAAAGAUCACAGAUAACAGAGGAAGACACUUUCAAAGCCACUGUGUCCACCACCAACCCCACCACCCCUCCUCUUACACCCGCGACCUCAUCCUCCGUGUUUACUAGCUCCGCUAGCAGCUCUACCCCGGGGUCGCCUACCGAGGCCACCAUCCCGCGCACGACAUCCUCCUCCACAUCCUCCACAUCCUCCACCCUGGCCCUUCUGACCUCUGCAGCGCACCCAACUCACCGCGUGACACCCACCCAAACUCAGGAGCCCUCAACUCGGACGGCUAACCCCACGGACGCCACCACCUUGCAGGCAGAAACAAGCACAGGCACCCCAGGAAUCGCCACGACUCAUAGCCAGCGCGUCACCACCACCACCACCACCUACACCCACGGCGCCCCAACCAAGAGUACGGAGCCUCUGCAGACCACAGGGAGACAGACAGAACGAGGAGCUACAGAGCCCGUGGGGACGACAUCACCCACCAAGGCCCCAACACCCCCAGGAAACCCUUGCGUGUCAAACCCUUGUAUGAACGGAGGGAUGUGUGUGAGCUAUAACGGGCAUCAAUUCACCUGCCACUGUCAGCAGGCAUGGACAGGACCGACCUGCAACCGGGAUGUGGAUGAGUGUGAGAUGGACCCCUGCCCCGUCGGGUCCAGGUGUGUCAACACACGAGGUUCCUUCAGCUGUGAAUGUCCGCUCGGGUUCGACCUGGAGGAUGGACGCACAUGCAGUAGAGCAAAGGCAUUUCUGGGAACUUUCAGUGUCAACAGACUGCCACAUGACCCUGUUAUCUUCACGAGCGCCACCAUGCAUGAGAUCCAGAGAGAGAUCGUCCAGCUGCUCAAUGCUUCAUUGUCAGUCUUCCGAGGAUACAGCCGCUCGACGCUGAGUAAGAAAGGAGAGGACGGGGUUCGUAUCUCAGCUGUCAACAUGUUUUCCAUUACCACCGAUGUGACGGGCGCAGAGGUCUACAACAGCAUCCAGAUGUCUCUCAGCAACUGCAGCUCCUCAUUGGCCCACUGCCGGAUGGUGCUGCACCACCAGCUCACUUACCACAUGGAAAGUCUGUGUGUGGCCCAGAAGACUCAGUGUGAUACAGAGCGCUCCACCUGCACAGACGACAGCGGCACAGCCAACUGCCAGUGUCUUCAAGGCUACUACAAACACAACCCUGAAGACCUGUCCUGCUUAGAAUGUGGAGAUGGCUACAAGCUGGAAAAUGACACCUGUGUUCCCUGCAUAUUUGGAUUUGGAGGAUUCAACUGUGGAAACUUUUACAAGCUGAUCGCAAUCGUGGUGUCGCCUGCAGGAGGCGCUCUGCUCCUCAUCUUCGUCAUUGCUCUCAUUGUCACCUGUUGCAAGAAAGACAAGAAUGACAUCAACAAGAUCAUCUUCAAGAGUGGAGACCUGCAGAUGUCCCCAUACGCAGACUUCCCCAAAAAUAACCGCAUAUCCACGGAGUGGGGCAGGGAGACCAUAGAGAUGCAAGAGAACGGCAGCACCAAGAACCUGCUGCAGAUGACCGACAUUUACUACUCUCCUGCGUUGCGUAACUCAGACCUUGAGAGAAACGGCCUGCAUCCGUUCACAGGUCUGCCGGGUUCUCGCCACUCGUGCAUCUACCCCGCCCAGUGGAACCCCUCCUUCAUCAGUGACGAUUCACGAAGACGAGACUACUUCUAACCACUCCACCUUAAAGACACACACACAGAAAGUUAACCAUCUCUUAUACUGUAAAUUCUGACGUGAUAUGAUGGUUUUCUGUCACAGUAAGAGACAUUUCAUCAUUUUGCAUGUUUUAGUUCAUUUGCUUUAACUCACGCAUUACAUUGCUGCUGUGUUAGCAAAGACGGUUUAAUGUGUUUUCCUGCCUCACAGGCAGCUGCUGACUCUCAUUUAUUUCACCAUAUGAUGGAAAACAAUUUGCAGAGGCUUGAAACGUGCUUGAGGUAGACGAUCCAUGACAGUAAACAAUCACAUCUCUCUUGUUGCUGCCUGGUCACGAAGUGCAGAUUUGCUUAAUAAGUCUGCACUGCAUUAAUGCACAAUGAUUAAUAAAAGCAGAUAUGGUGUUCACUGUGUUCAGUCACUGUGCUCACAGACAGGAACGUGAAAAAAAACAACACGGGUUAAGAAAAUACAAAAAAAAAACGGCAGUAAUGUGAAGUGUAUGUGACGUGUAAGAAAUAGACUACAACAUGCAAAAAUGUUGAUAUGGUCCUUUAAGUGAUGAUAUAUGAAUAUGUGUGUGCCACUGCUGUGAUUUGAAAAUAUUCAGUUUCUUCUUAGAUAAAAGUCUAAGAAUGAAGUAUUGAUGGAACAAGACAAUAACAAACCACUGAAGGAUGCACAAAAGUUCUGUUUGAUAGAAAGUGAUGCCAACAUGUAUAUAUGUCCAAGUCCUUGACAUGUAGCAUAAUGGACAUCUCAUAUACUGUACACACUGAAAAACUGAAGAGGGAUAAACGUGUAGCUUGUGUGUGUGUGUGUGUGUGUGUGUGAGAGAGAGAGAUUGUGUGGGUUUUAAAUAUUGGUGUUUGUGAGGUGUGUGUAUGUGUGUGAGGAGUAAUUAACUACCAGAAGGAUCAUAACUGUCAAUGACUGCAAAGAAUGUAAAUCUGUAUCAUAAUUAGUUUGCUAUUUCUGACAUGGAGUAUUAUUUUCAUGUGACUCUUUUUGUCUUUGUCUUCAUGUCAUCUGUUGUUUCUGGCGUUUUAGUCAGAUGAGCUUAUUUAAAUAAAAAUGUUGCAGAGCA